AUGGGUAAAGCUAAAUCAACAAAAUCAGAUUUAGCUAAACCUAUUAAACAAGCAACAAACAAGUAUAUUACUAAUAUAUCUGAGACCAACAAUAAUCAUAUAGCUUUCAAUGAUCAUACAACUUUUAAUAUUAAUAUAGAGACUAACAGAUUUGGUCAUACUAAUUUUAAUACUGAUAUACCAGUUUGUGAUAAUUUGGAUUUUUUAAAUAAAAAGGUUAAAGAAUUAGAUUUAGAAAAUGCUAAUAGUGAUUUCAAUAAACUGUUAGAAAAGUUAGAUACCAAGAAUAAUAAGUAUAAAAGCAAUGAAUUUUUACUUAAAUUAUAUAUUAAAAAUCAAGAUAAUGUUACAAUAUCUGCCAAACAAUUGAAUAUUUUAGCAAAUUCUUGUAAUAAAUUUCAUUAUCAAAUUCCUUCACAUAUUCAACUUCAACUAAAUGAUACUACUAUUACCAAAAAUGAUUAUGUAUUAGCAUAUAAAGUAGCAAAAGAAACUAGGGCAAGAACUCAAAUUAUUGAUGAAAAGGAUUUUAAAAGUUUUACUAAGGAUUAUAAUCAAGCUACAAAUAAAAAAAAGAAUAGAUCUGAAGAACCUGAUAGUGAUAAUGAUUUAAAUAAAAAAAAACCACAAUUAUUUAGUAAAAAACCUAAAGAAUCUCAACUUGAUGAUGAUAAGUAUAUUAUAGCAUCUACUAUUUCUCAACUUCAAGAAAAAUAUUUUAGUGCUAAUUGUGAAGGUUCCUGUUGGGUUACUAAAACAGGUCAUAUUAAACUAUCAGGAAUGCAUUAUACUACUUGGGCUCGAGCAAUUAUAAACAGAUUAGCAGAUAUUGACACACCACCUAGUCAUACAAUAUUUAUAUCUCCAUCUAAAGUUAGAGGAAUAUCUAAUUCAAAUCAAUCUCCAUUACAACCAUUAUUACAACCAACAUCUUCACAAAUACCUUCACAAAUGCAUUUACAAAUACCUUCACAAAUGUCUUUGCAAAUGCUUCUUUCACAAAUAGACUCACAAAUACCUAUGCAAAUGCCCUUACAAAUUCCUUCACAACCAUCUUCACAAAUGCCAUCUAAUUUUUUAAAUUAUUUACUACAACUAUCAACUAAUUUUUUUUCGCAUUACUCUAAUAUUCCCUUAACAGUAUUACCAAAUUUUUCUUUAUACAUACCAUCAAAUUUCUCUUCACAAUUAUUAUCUUCUAUCUCUUCACAACCUUAUUUUAUGCUAUUUCCAAUUUUGUCUAACUUAUCACAAGAAUCAACAACUUCUUCAAGAUGUAUUCCCGAACUUAAAGAAUUUUUGACUAAUAUGGAUAAAGCUAAAAAUGCAAAUGGAGAAAUUUUAGUAUGUUUAUUAAAAUUUCAAGAUCAUGCUAUUCAAGUUAAGCAGAUAUGUAAAUUAAAUGAUAAACAAUUUGAAUUGGUGGGAAUUACUAAAACAGGAUGA